GGGGCCUCACGUCCAUCUUUAAUGUGCCGAGGAGAUUUGACGAGAAGAAAACAGUGAAAAUUUGAAGUAAAGAGUUCUCGAAGAUUUUUUUUUAUUGUGGCUUCAAAGCGAUAUAAACGAAUCACACAUAUUUGAAGAAAGCAGUGGCAGAAGGUAUGAAGACAGUAUCGUAGCGAAGCCAUGGCUGACAAGAGAAAACUCCAAGGUGAAAUAGAUCGAUGUUUGAAAAAAGUCGCAGAAGGUGUGGAGCAGUUUGAAGACAUUUGGCAAAAGCUUCACAAUGCAGCAAAUGCCAACCAGAAGGAGAAAUAUGAAGCAGAUCUCAAGAAAGAGAUUAAAAAGCUCCAGCGAUUGCGUGACCAGAUUAAGACAUGGGUGGCAUCCAAUGAAAUCAAAGACAAACGGCAGCUAGUGGAAAAUCGCAAACUCAUUGAGACGCAAAUGGAGCGUUUCAAGGUGGUAGAGAGGGAGACCAAGACGAAGGCGUACUCUAAGGAGGGACUGGGAUUGGCUCAGAAGGUGGACCCUGCCCAGAAGGAGAAGGAGGAGGCUGAACAGUGGUUGACGAAUACAAUCGACACACUAAACAUGCAGGUGGACCAGUUCGAGAGUGAGGUGGAGUCUCUCUCUGUUCAGACGAGGAAGAAGAAAGGAGACAAGGAGAAACAGGACCGCAUAGAGGAGCUGAAGAGGUUGAUCGACAGACACCGGUAUCACAUCCGCAUGCUGGAGACCAUCCUGAGGAUGCUGGACAACGACUCGGUACAGGUGGAGGCCAUCCAUAAGAUCAAAGAUGACGUGGAAUACUACAUCGACUCGUCACAGGAGCCUGACUUCGAGGAGAAUGAGUUCCUCUACGAUGACCUGGACCUGGAGGACAUCCCAUCGUCUCUGAUGGCCACCUCUCCACAGGGACACAACGAUGAGGAGCCGUUUCUCCAAUCAAGCAGCACUCCCACCUCUACCACGUCAUCCUCACCCAUCCCACCAUCUCCAGCUACAGGCACCACUGAGAAUUCUGAAGAGGAGAAGAAAAGAGGGAGAUCAACAGACAGUGAAGUGAAUCAGUCUCCCGUCAAGAACGGCAAUCCGUCCCUCUCCUCCUUCUCCUCCUCCGCGUCUUCAGGGUUCUCCUCCUCCUCUUCCCUCGUGUCCAUGGCUACCGUCGUUGGGGGUGCGGCGGCAGUCUCUGGGGCCAACAGUCUGCUGGGCAGCUUUAGCAGCGCCGUGCAGCAGCACCCCCCGCAGGCCCAGGCCAAGCUGUCUUCGUCGUCCUCCUCCUCGUCCUCCUCCUCAUCGUCUUCCUCCUCGGGGGGUUCCAACAACGCGCCCAGCCCGCCGGGCCACGCCACACUCCCUGCUCCCUCCACACCCUCCCUUCCCACCUGCAGCGUGUCGGGUCUGGCUGUCUCCAGCUCCCAGAGCCAGACGGCGCCGGGCUCUGGCCCGGCUGUGACCAAGGCCGGCAUGGUGGUCACCAGCAGCGGUGGGACGGCACCGAUGCCUGGGCCGGGCCAGGCGGGCACGGCCGGCCCCCACAGCACCGUGGCAAGCCUUCUGUCAGGCUCCACGCCCGCCCCUUACGCUCAGGCAGCUGCGGUCGGCACGGCAAGCAGCGCCCCUGGUGGACCCAUGGGGACUAGCAGCGGGGGCGUGGCGGGAGUGAGUGCAGGCUCGGCCAAUAACAGCACAGGGCCUGGGCUCAGUUUGCUGAGAUCCGGCCCUGGGCAUGGGGGCAUGCUAGGCCUGGUUCCCGGGCAGAACCCACUGCAGACGCCCACGCAGGUAUCCAUGAGCCCCGUGGGCACAGUGCCGGGGGGUGGCACAGCUCUGGGCAUGUCAGGAGGGAAUGGAGGCAGUGUGGUACCCGGAGGAGUCGUUGCCGGGGGCGUGGCUCCUGCCAGACCCCCCAGUGUCGUCAAACAGAACGGCGGCACGAACCCUCUUGCUUACAGUGCUGUGGUGGCCGACAGCAACCCAGACUCCGGCCUCAGCAACGCCAACCAAUCCCAGACGAGCCAGCCCUCCUCCAGCAGCUCCUCGACCAAUCAUCUGGAUAAUGGUCCUAGUCUGUUGAGUUCCAUCACAUUGCCCCCCUCCUCCCAAUCACCUCCUUUCUCAGACAGUACCCCUGGUGGUGGGAGUCUGCUCAACGGGCCGCACUCCUACACACCCAGCACUGAAGCCAUCAAGGGUCCAGAGGCUCUCAGCUCUCUCAAAGCCAUGGCCGAGAGGGCAGCUCUGGGAUCAGGCCUGGAUGGACAAAUCCCGUCACUUCAUCUAAGUGACCGAGAUUUAACUCCAGGUUUGUUUUCUGGAACAUCCGCCCCGGCAGGGCCACCCCCGGCCCCCCAGCCUGCUGUGACUGAGGUCAACCUCCCGCCCUCUCUGGGGGCGUGUCCUCUAGGCCCCACCCCUCUCUCAAAAGAGCAGCUCUACCAGCAGGCAAUGCAGGAGGCAGCCUGGACACACAUGCCUCACCCAUCCGACUCUGAGAGGAUCAGGCAGUACCUCAUGAGGAACCCCUGCCCCACACUGCCCUUCCACCACCAGGUGCCACCCCAGCACUCUGACUCCAUAGAGUUCUACCAGAGACUGUCCACCGAAACCCUCUUCUUCAUUUUCUACUACUUAGAGGGCACAAAGGCACAAUAUCUGUCAGCAAAAGCUUUGAAGAAGCAGUCAUGGAGGUUCCACACCAAGUACAUGAUGUGGUUCCAAAGGCACGAGGAACCCAAAACCAUCACUGAUGAGUUCGAGCAGGGCACGUAUAUUUACUUCGACUAUGAAAAGUGGGGCCAGAGGAAGAAGGAGGGCUUCACAUUUGAGUACAGAUACCUGGAGGACCGCGACCUGCAGUGACCCCCAGCCAGGCUGAGCAAACGAGCGAGCGAGAGAGAGAGAGAGAGAGAGAGAGAGCGCGAGCAAAAAGAGAGAUUGCUAUGACAACUGCUGCUGUUGACAUUCCAAGGUUGAACUCUAUGUUGUGGUUAGAGUUGGAUGUAAAGUAGGCCUUUUUCUUUCAAAGAGAGAGCCCAGGUGUGCCAGAGAAAAGGAAGGGGUCGAGUGCCUGUUUACAUUCAAACAUUUUAAUCUCCCCUUCUGUUCACCCCCCCACCCCACCCCCCACUGAUUUUACUGAACCACCCUUUUACCCACUAACCAAGCAGGAAGGAGAAGGAGAGACUCUGAGUAAUGAGAUCCAGUCAAAUACAACGUACGUGUAGGUUCUUGUGGAGUUGUGCAGUAGCCGGCGUUGGGGCUGACCCAGGCAGUGCUGCGUGACCGCUCGUCUAGUGCUUUUAGGGUUAGUCAUGAAUCUGGGCCCCGCUGGGAGCAUAGGCACUGUACCUGUGCCUGGCGAGAUAACGAGUCGACCAUUAAAUUGCUAUGCAAUUGCAUUCUUCUCGGCCUCCCUCCUCAUGCUACCACCUAGCCGUGGUUUUGUUAGGAUGUGACAGCGGUGAUAUUAAAGGUUUUGUUUUGUAGCAUCUAUCUCGAGUGUGUCCGCAAGCAGACAGACUCUGAGCCGCCGGCCAGGUGACUUGCGUGUGAUUUGUGUCUGUUUAAUAUGGCAUGAGCAAUUUACUUAAAAGAAAAUAUCUAAUAAAAGAGAAAUAUUACAAAUAUGUAAAGUUCAAAGCUUUAUAUUUUGUUUCUCUCAGUCUUUUAGGUUGUUAGUGGCUUAUGGAUUCUGUUUCGUUUUGGAUUGAUGUGUGAAAAUACUAGAGAAAUCCUGUCUCAACCUGCGAUUUGUUUUUUGUUUUUUGUUUUUUCCCCCUCAGCCAUCUUGCUUUGCUGGUACCUGCUGCCAGGUUCAGAGUCACUGUUCCCAGUUACACCAUGUUUUGGUAAUCCUGUGCCCUUCACUGACUUCACCAACCCGAUCCAAGAUCAGUCUAAUGUUUUAUUUUCCUUUAUUGUUUUAAAGAGGGGAAGACUAGGUGUGUUUAAGUGAUGACUAUGGCUACAAUAACUAUGACCAGAACAUGAAAAAAAAUUUUUUUCCAGCACCAGGACUGAAAAGUGCAGCUGAUUUGUGAAGUUUUCUCCAAAAAAAUGUUGUACAGAGUAAUUUCUCAUCCUCGCCUUUUGGACAUUGUCAGGCCAGCAUGACAUGCUCUUCCGUAAGGCUGAGAGGGGGGAGGAUUGUAAAAUUUCAAUAAACUACUUUUGUGAAACCGA